UUAAACAAAUUUUACCACAACGAGUUGUUUGAAAUCUCGACGUUUUUUUUAAAGGAUUUUAACAUAACACGUGUACUAUUAAUUCCUCGACUGGUUUCCAACAGUAAAAAACCACAGAUUGAGAUGAACAGCUAUUAUCUAUACCACAGUCCGUCGCGGUCGUUGUUGCAAUGUUGAAAGUAUGGUUGCUUCUUUUGUUUGUGCUCGGGACUUGCAAUGGCGAGCACGAGGUCAGUUCUGAGGACAAGACAACGUUGAUAAACAAGAUCCAUUCAAUUUACGCGAUCGAAAACGGGUAUGAAAAAUCCGGCGUCGAGUUUGUCGACUUCGAAGUGAAACACCGGAAACGCAAACUGUUGCGAAUGAUCUCGGAACUAAAGACCAAUGUCGUCUGUGGCCUAACGUACAUAGCCCUGUCUUACAUGCGCAUUUCCAAGCAUCUACUCCUGUGGUACGGCGAAGAUCUACUGGACAGUGCGGUGGGUCAAAUCGAAUCGUUCAACGAGCACGCGUUAAACAUGAUCACUGUGCUGUACAACCUUGGCUACGAGAAUCCCAUGAUAGGCAUGUGGUAUUUCUAUAUAUAUUCCAGUAAGAUCGGUUCGUUCCGAGCUCGCAUUGACAAAGACAAACAAAACGACGCUAAACUGACGACGUUUGAAUUGGCCAGCAUCCACGACAAUGUAAUCGUAAAACUGUCGAUGAACGUGCAAACGUGCGACCGCAACAAACACAACAUCGCCUCGAUGGACCAUACGCUGCACGGACACUACAAGUAUUUGAGUACCAGCAAUGCCGGCCAUAAGGAGAUCAUCGCGGUGAUCGAGGCCUACAAGAGAACCGUCAGCGGGUUGAUCAACGACAACAAGACGUUGCAGUACGGCUGUAAGAACGCGAGUAAACUUACAGUGGACCGUCUAUACUUGAACGGUGUGGUUUCAAACGAGGACAUCAUGAACGAAUUGCAAAGUCAUUACGAUUCGAAAAUUGUUUGGGGCGACGCGGCCGAUGUACUUAAGAACACCUACAGCCACCUGAUCGAUAAUCCCAGCGUCAUGUUCGACAACCUCAGAGGAAUUCAACGUUUCCAAAUGUUGUUUAAAAACCUUCUGUUAACGAUAGUUUUACGUUUCGUGUGGUCACACUUGAUCAUAACGGGCCAUCCCAACAGGGACGACAAGUUGCCGGAAUUUUGCUUUCUAAUAAGAGUCCAUCACCAAAACAACGAGUUCACAAAAUUAUUAGAACCAUUUCUACGAUUUUUACAACUACACAACCAUCCAGGUUUAAAAGAACUGUUGUUCUGUUUACAAGGAAGAACGUUGUCAUGCGUGAAAAGUGGCGAAGGGGUCGAAAUAGUAGAGAGGGAACUUACAACGAUAGGAAUAGGUUUUAAUAAUUUCAACCCGAUGGACGGUUCUUUAUACGAUGACACAGAUUUGGCUGUCAGUUAUGAUAAACUGGUAUCGUUUGCCAAAAAGAAUAGUUUGCCUACUAAAUAUCGCCGUAGAUCUAUCAGAAAAUAUGCAGCGUUUAAACAAAAUCACACACGGCUUUCUGUAUUCAUCAACCGCGUACAAUAUCAGAUUUUACAAAAUGUCGACUUUGAGUUGAUGCAUAUGCUCUUCAGCAACACAAGCUUUACAACACUAGAUAAAUUCAAAACUAACAAAGCUAAUAAAAUGAAAUUCUCGGAAGGUUCAAUUAAAAAAUAUGAAGUGGCAAACACCGAAAGCAUUUUAUAUGUAGAAAAAAUCGACGAGAUAAUAGAAACAGCUUCCGAUAUCGACGAAGAAAACAGUUGUCAUAUCCUAUACGAAACAUGUGAAACUAAAAAUACACCAGAAGAUCAAUCACAGAGUAAACCAGACGACGAUAAAACGGAUGACGCUGAAGAUAAAAAAAAACCUGAAUAUGAUUCGUCAUCAGGAAUAGUAAGAGAUGUGCCAAUCGAAGAUGGUGAUACUAAUACACAGAGCUCUGUGUGGUAUAAAGGUGAAAAAAUUGGGGAGGAAACCCCAGAAGAUAAAAAAGAAGCGGAAACUAAACAAGCUCCAGAAGAAGUCAAAGCACCAAUAUCAGAACAGCCACCGUUAGAAAUUGAGAACCAUCUAAAUGCACGAGAUUCGGAAGGCUGGUCAGCUCAGUUUUGGGAAUCUCUGGUUAAAAAGCCGGAGUAUUUAUAUUCUGUAAAUGCCUAUAAUGCAAAAGUAGAAGAAUCGCAAAGUGAUACCGAAUAAAAACUUCAACUAUAAUAUUCCGUGUUUUAACUUUUUGUAUAAUAUUACAAUAAUAAAAUUACAUUUAUACUAUUCUAGCAUAAGUGACUAUUGUC